AUGAGUCGCCCCGAGCACAUCUCGCCGCCCGAGCUUUUCUACGAUGAGAAGGAGGCGGCCAAGUACAACUCGAGUUCGCGCAUCGUCAAGGUGCAGCAGGAGCUGUCGUACCGCGCCAUCGAGCUGCUGAACCUGCCUGAGGGCAAGGAGGCCUUCAUCCUGGACGUUGGCUGCGGUAGCGGCCUCAGUGGAGUGGCGCUGGAGGAGCACGGCCACGCCUGGGUCGGCGUGGACAUCAGCAAAGACAUGCUGGACAUCGCCUCGGAGCGUGACAGUAGUGGCGACGUGUUCCUGCAGGACAUGGGCGGAGGCCUGCCCUUCCGUCCCGGAGUUUUCGACGGCUGCAUCAGCAUUUCCGCCGUGCAGUGGCUGUGCUACUCGGACAAGAAGGAACACACGGCUCGCAAGCGCCUUACGCGCUUCUUCACGUCGCUGUACACCUGUCUGAAGGCCGGUAGCCGCGCCGUGCUGCAGCUGUACCCGGAAACGCCUGAGCAGAUGGAGGAGAUCUCCGGCACGGCCAUGCGCUGCGGCUUCUCAGGCGGUCUCGUCAUUGACUUCCCCAACAGUGCCAAGGCCAAGAAGUUCUACCUGUGUCUGUUCGCUGGGUACUCGGAUCACCAGCAGGUGCCGCAGGGACUUGGCACGGGAGCCACCGCUGGACAGAUCGCCUACGAAGGACGCGCUAGGAACCAGCGUCAACGUCGUGGCAAGGGUCGCGAGGCUAUCAAGGCCAAGGACUGGGUGAUGGCCAAGAAGGAGCGCUACCGCAAGCAGGGCAAGAAGGUCAAGGCCGACAGCAAGUUCACGGGCAGAAAGCGUCCGGGCAAAUUCUAAGGCUUUGGUUAAUAGCUACGCAUGUGCACAAGAUUCAGUAGCGCUUCGAUCCUCAGGUGCCUCAAGCCAGCAUGCUAGCGGUAGGCAUCUGCACAGAGUGCUGGGUAUAUAUUACAUUCAUCG